UUCACGCCACAUUGCCUUUCACUUAUCUAGAUCACGACGAGUGGUCGUCGUCGACUCCUAUGAAUUUAUAAUCAAAAGAAGAUGGAUAUGUUGGCUUUUCGUCUGAGUUUCUAUCUCGCCGUGUGCAUGUUGGAAGUGGUUCAUGAGAGCGACGCUUGUAUGCCUAAAGGUGGAUGUCCUAUUAUGAUCACUCCCUCCCGAAUAGUUGUGCAGUACGGAUCUCCAUUAUAUGCCGACUGUUCGAGUUGUGUAAACGGCUCUUGUAAAGAGAUGAAAUGGGAGACCCCCACGGGAUCAACUGAAAGGCUUAAUAACUCGAAUAACGGAAUCAACAAGACGAUCUUUCGGUUGAAUGUGGACAACGCCACAGAAUGGGACAUGAGGCCUAUGUGCUACGAGUUGAACAAUGCAGACUGUUGCAUUGGUCUAGCUGUCACCUUAUACAAACCUCCGGACAACGUAUCCAUCAGCUUUGUAAACCACACUGGCCCACUGCUUGAAGGACAUCAGUACACCCUCCAGUGCCGUGUCCAGAACGUUGGUCCUGUCCAGAACCUCGCCGUGACCUUCUACAAAGGAGACACCAUGCUGGGCCCGGUACAGUCCAACAGGACCUCUGAGAAUACAACGGCGACAGAGACGUUCACCAGCUUCAGCUUCAACUCCAGCAGAGGGGACGAUGGGGUCCAGUACUGGUGUGAAGCCAAGCUGAACCUGGGACAACAAGGUCCACCUCCUGUAAUGAUGUCAGAACGCCUAACAACCACUGUGUACUUCAAACCUAAGACGGGGCAGGGGUCUACGCUAGAUCCUAUUUCCAUCACAGUAGGGGAACCUUUCCAGUUGAACUGCAAAGCCCAUUCCAACCCCAGUCCAGCCUACAGUUGGACCGGUCCUGACAACACCACAGUCGGCAACGGCAGUGAUUUCUCCGUGCACUCGGCUGGUUUUGAACACAAGGGCCUGUACGUUUGUGCCGCCAGCAACAGCCAGGGAAGCACAACUGUGACGUUCAACGUGGAUGUCGGCGUUGACUGGUUGCCUAUCAUCGCAGGCGUGUCAGCGCUGUUGUUGGUCAUCUGCGCGGUCGUUGGUGUGUUUGUCUACUACACCUACUACAAAAAGACCAAGAUGGGACAGUACCAAGUCCGGCUUUUGGGUGUGGCCAAAUAACUGCCAACUGCCAUUCCAGGAAUGAUAUGAAGAAUGUACUUGAUCCAACUUGAUCCUCCCAUCUGGGUUGGUAUAUCAUACUCAUUGCUGUCUUCCUUUGUGGUCUGGUAUCCUUGACCAUUCAAAGGGGUUGAUUAUUGUAAUUAAUAGGGGUGGGAAAAAUAAUAAAUUCUUCGAUGCAUCGCGAUUCUCUCUAGAACGAUUCCGUCUCGAUGCAGAUAAAUUAAUAAUCAGAAUAAAUAAUAAUAAUAAUAAU